UCUCAUUUUCCAUCCAAAGUUCUAAACCUACACACACACUUCAUCAUUGUUUUCCACAUUUUGAAAGAAUCAUCACACACGAUGUCAAGAACUGUAGAGAUCACCAUUUUGAAAGCAGAAAACCUCCAAGUGAACAAAAGAUUCAUAAGAGGGAACGCAUUUGUGACGGUUCAAACCGACGCAUGCAGUGAUGUGAGUACAACGAAAGUGGAUUCAGAAGGAGGGAGUUACCCUUCAUGGAAUGAGAAGGUAAUAAUAAACGUGCCAUUGCAUGCAAGUUUCAUAAUAGUUGAGGUGAAAUGCAAAACAUCAUCAACAGGGAGUAACAGUGUUGGAAUGGCUAAAAUUCCAGUUUCGGAUUUUAUUGGAGGGUAUGUACCUGAAAAUCAAGUGCAUUUCUUAAGCUAUAGGUUAUGGGAUAGUAAAUGUAGGAGGAAUGGGGUAAUAAAUGUUUCAGUGAGGGUAAAAGUGUCAGAACAUUCUUGUUCGAAUUCUAUGUCAUUGCCCGUGAAGGGAGUGCCGGUUGCCGGUAAUGGCUUAACUGGAGUUGUAACAGGGAUUCCAGCUGUUUGGUUAAAUUACCAAUGAAAUCUUUGAAGGUUUUGUAAUGUAUACAAAAUAAAGAACAAUUGUAAUAAACAGCAAGAAAGAAGGAUUCAUCAAAAAUAAAAUGGAAAAAUUACCAGCUCCAUUACAACUUACAAGUUAUAAGUAAAUGAGAGAAGCGUGUAUCAUUUU